GGAGGCCAAGACAGGCCGCUGGGGAGGCUGCUCCGGGCUCCGCGACGCCCCGGGGACGGGCAGCGCGAGCCUCUCCUCGGGUUUGGGAGCGGGCGGCUGGGGCCGGGACUCCGCGGGCCUGGGCGGGGCCACGGCCUGCCGAGGGCUCCGCUGCUCCGGCCGCUGCUCCGGCGACAAGGGGAGGCGCUGUGCCGGGGAGGCGCGCCGAGGGGGCGGCGGCUCUCUCCGCUCCUUCUUCCGCUCGUCGCUUCCCAGCCGCCGCCCAGGAAGUGGCCGGCCUCCCUCCCUCGCCUGCCCCCUCCCCCGCGGCCAGACCCCCGCUCUGGGCAGGGGCCGCGGCUGCACCGGAGGCGACGGGCGCGCCUGGAACGACGCGCGGGGUGACAGAUGGGAGGGAGCCCUCUGCCUGCACCCACCUGCUUUCAACACCUGGUUAAUGGCUGAGCUGAGGAGGCACGUUUGCAGCGGUCCUAUGUGCUGCACCCCCCUCAUAAUGCGCUUUCCCUGGCAUGGCCACAUCCCUCUCGCCGUGCAUCCACAAGAUGCUCCAUUCCUCUAGCUUCGUCUCCACCCGUGGGACCAUGUCACAGGACAGCGGAGCCCGGCCUAAAGCAAAGCCAGAUGGGGUUGCUGGUGGCCGGCAUGGUGGCCGCUGGAGAGCCCGAGCGAGCCGGUCCUUGGAGAGGCAGAGUCUCUCGUCGCUGGAAGUGGAGCCAGCUGGGGAUGGUGGCUGUCAAGUGGACACAGAGCCUGGCAAAGGAGUGGGCCGUUCCUUGCGGCAGAAGCUGCAGGCUGCCAUGGGUCAAUGUUUCCCUAUCAAGAGUGCUUCCCAUUCGCCUGACCUGUCUUCUCAGCGCAAGAUCCAUCUGCGGGAGCUGAUGUUGGACAUUUGCCCCUUUCCGCCUGGCUCAGAGCUGGCCCGCACAUGGAACCUCAUCAAGCAGCACACUGCGCCCGUCUCCGAGCAUGAGGCUCUGGCCCCGCCUCCCACAGAAGACGAAGACGACCGCCUAAGGGAGCGGCGGCGCAUCAGCAUCGAGCAAGGGGUGGAGCCACCCCCAGAUGCAUUAAUCCACACCUUUGAAGUGACGGCUCAGAUCAACCCCCUCUACAAGCUGGGGCCCAAGCUCACACAUGGGAUGAAUGAGCUGGCUGGGGCCAGCCGGGCCAUGUUGGCGACUGCGGAGGAAGGGGGGGAGGAGGAAGAGGAAGAGGAGGCUGCCAUCUCUGCGGUGCUGCCAGACACCAGGGAUGGGUUGCGCGUCCACACGCAGAUAGACUACAUUCAUUGCCUGGUGCCUGACCUGCUGCAGCUGACACAGCUGCCCUGCUACUGGGGAGUGAUGGAUCGGUACGAGGCAGAGGCCUUGCUCGAAGGCAAGCCGGAGGGCACCUUCCUCCUGAGAGACUCUGCCCAGGAGGACUACCUCUUCUCAGUGAGCUUCCGGCGCUAUGGCCGCUCCCUUCACGCCCGCAUUGAGCAGUGGAACCACAACUUCAGCUUUGAUGUGCAUGACCCUAGCGUCUUCCACGCCCCCACAGUGACCGGCCUGCUGGAGCACUACAAGGACCCCAGUGUCUGCAUGUUCUUUGAGCCACUGCUCUCCAUCCCAGUCAACCGGACCUUCCCGUUUGGCCUGCAGCACCUCUGCAGGGCCGUGGUGACCUGUUGCACCACUUACGAUGGCAUUGGGCACCUGCCCAUUCCGAGUGCCCUGAAGGAAUACCUCAAGGAGUAUCACUACAAGCAGAGAGUGAGGGUCCGGCGUCUGGACACCUGGUGGACCUGAUGGGGGGAGGCCCUUUGAUUUCCAUUUUUCAAGUGGUCAACUCCCACCCUUUUUCUACCCGUCGUUUUACUUGGAUGACUUCUGUGUGGUCACCCUCCCCAACAUUUUAAUCCAUCCUUCUCCAUGGCUGUGAAUGUGUCAUUUUCCUCUAAACAUCAAAAUGCACUCCUGCUGCAGAAUUCUGUGUAGCGUGGCUUUUAAAAGCUAGUUAUAAAAUCUGGGAACCCGCAGAGAGUGCUUGAAGCCCCUGGCCGCAAAAGAGGAGUAAAAAAGCAGGACUUUGGUGGUUCCGGUGGACCACUGCAAGGCCUCUCUCAGCCCAAGGUCCCCUUUUUGGUUUGGGUGCUGUGCUUUGGACCUUGUCCAGAAAAUGUUUUUGUCAGUAAGGAAAGAGGCACAGGGUGCAUCAUGGAGCUCUGGUUGCACCUUUUGAAAGUUACAUGCAGAGAGUAGUGGCUCAAAUGCAAGUUUGCGCCUUAGUCCCUGGAACCCAGUUGUCUUAGGGCCACACUCUGGCUUCCCAAGCUCACUCUGCUGGUUGGUGGGAACCGGAGGUUGAGUUAUCAGCCUGACAUUGUGGGUGACGGGGAUAAAAAAAAAAGCACAAAGGGUGAGACAGGCAGUCACUUCCCCUACAUGAAAUUUGUUCAAAAGCUUGACGGGGGAUGGACUGAGACUCCUUAUUUAUCAACACUGUCAUAAUCCCCCUUCCGUUUUCUCCAUCCCUUCCUCUGUCUUUGAAUCUUGGCUGCUGGUUUGCGGGAAAGCUGCCCCUACCACAGCGUCAGGGUGCAGAAAGGGCAGCAAAGACUUCUUGGCCUGAGCGCAGGUCAGCUGGUGGCCUUGGCAAGGGCAAAGCCAGGUGAUUUGCCACAGGAAGUUUUAUCUAGCCCACAGCAAUUAGCCAAUGCUUUUGGAAGAAUGAGUUGCCUAGCAUUGUGGGGGUUGGUGGGCUGCCAGGAGGCUUUUUCCAGAACUGCUGCUGCUGCUGUGUGUGUCAUUAAAGAGCUUUUUUUUGCCUA